ACGGGGCAGAAAACAGUGCUGUGUGCUAUCUAGCCCAGGUAGUGGCCGUUUCGGGGAUUGAACCCAAUAAGAUUCGCGCACACACUGGCCGCUCGUGUCACAGGAUGGUUUGUUGUUUUUUCUUUGUUUUUUCUUUCGCGAACCACCGUCCUGCAAUCCGUGGCUGUGUGCGAUUGAGCCCCACCGACGAGCCCAUUCAGAAAGGGGAAACCGGUGAAUCGGGCAGGUGAACUUCAUUCCCCGCGUAGCCGAGUACUGAAAGAUUGCUGCGGUGGAGCUGCUGCUGGUUACCCGAAUUAGUUGUUGUCCAUCAACUAACGUGUUCGCACGUUGAUAAGCCACAGCGCAGGAGCGCAGGAGAAGAAGCUUGUUCAUCUCUGGUGCUCUCGGUGCUGCUCUCGCGUGUGUCUCCGCAGUCUGCGGACCAAUUUUUCGGCGACGUCAAACAAUGCGCCACCGUGCUAGUGUGCGGUCCUGUUGCUGCUGCUGCUGCUGGUUUGUGCUGUGAGAUCGCGAUCGCGACAGGAUUCUCGCUCCGUUCGUAAAAAAUAAAACAAACCCCAAAGUCCUUCCAUUUCACCGGCAAGACGCAGGAGUACCACAGCGAUGGACUGCUGCUGCAACGAAGCGCACGAUCGAACCAUGUCGGUCACGAUCGUACUCUUUUACACGUUCGUCACGCUCUUCAUGUUUCUGUCCUACAAUCCGAAGCCGAAGAAAAUCAUCGAAUCGAUCCGAAGCUUCCUGUUGCAUCUGCUGCAGCUCAACGGUGUCCCGGGACCAGACGAUGGAUCGACACAGCACUGCACCACAACGGUGCCCUCGGCACACGCUCCAGCUGCGACCACUCCACUCCCACAGCCGAUGGGCGGCAGUGGUGAGCCGGAGCCGGAGCUCACACCGACAGUAAAAUCCAUCUGGGAUAUUCCAGGACCACGCCGGUUACCCUUCGGCAUCGGUACCAAGUGGUUGUACUUCAUUGGUCGCUACCGCUACUCAAAGGUCCACGAAGCCUUUCUCGACCUGCACCAGCGUUACGGGAAGAUCGCGCUUGACGUUGACACGGUCCCGAUCGUGAACCUGUUCGAUCGUGUCGACAUGGAACGGGUGCUGAAGUACCCGAGCCGCUUCCCGUUCCGGCCACCAACGGAAAUCGUCGAAACGUAUCGCCGCAGCCGCCCGGAUCGGUUUGGUGCAACGAAUCUAAUCAACGCGCAGGGCGAGAAAUGGCACGAGUUGCGGCUGAAGCUGACCUCGGGCAUCACUUCGCGACGCAUCCUGCAAUCGUUCAUACCCUCGGUGAACGAUAUCUGUGACGAUUUCGUCGAUUUGGUGCGCCGCCAACGGGAAGAAGAUGGAACGAUCCGCAACUUCCAGGACAUUGCCAACUCAGUUGGCUUGGAGAUUAUCUGCUGCUUGGUGCUGGGGCGACGCAUGGGCUACCUAACGACGGACAAGCGGAACGAUCGGUUCAUACGACUCGCCGAAGCCGUCAAGGAGUCAUUCGUCUACAUCAGCCAAAGCUACUACGGUUUCAAGCUGUGGAAGUACGUACCAACGCGCCUCUAUCGCAACUUUGUCCACUGUGAGGAGAUCAUUUACGAUACCAUUGCGGAGAUUGUGUAUGAAGCGCUCGAGGAUGAGCAACACAACUGUCCGGACAACGAUGUGAAGCACAUCUUCAUCAGCAUCCUGCAGACGGAGGGGUUAGAAACGAAGGAGAAGAUAUCCGGCAUCAUCGACCUCAUCACCAGUGCCAUAGAAACGCUUUCCAACACCUUAUCCUUCCUGCUGCACAAUCUGAGCCAAUCGGCGGAACACCAGCGAGCGAUCGCGCACGAGUUUGGCCACUGUACGAAGAACAUCACGAACGAUGAUCUCGUGGCGGCCCGAUUCACCAAAGCCUGCAUCCAGGAGUCGUACCGGAUCUCGCCGACGACGCCCUGCCUGGCGCGCAUCCUCGAGGAAGACUUUCAGCUAUCCGGAUACCACCUGAAGGCCGGUACGCUCGUCCUGUGCCAUACCCGGAUUGCGUGCCAGAGUGAGGAAAACUUCCACCAGGCUGACCGCUUCAAGCCGGAACGGUGGCUCGAUCAGAGGGAUGAGAACGAUAACGUGUACAAGCGGCAGGAGCCGGGUGCCGGGAUCGUCUUACCGUUCGGUACCGGGCGACGCAUGUGCCCCGGGCAGAAGAUUGUCGACAUCGAACUGACGUUGCUGGUAGCGAAAAUUUUCCAAAACUUCGAGAUCGAGUACCUUAGUCCGCUCGAUACGCAGUUCCAGUUUUUGCUGGCACCGCGAACACCGAUCGAGAUCAGGUUCCGUGAUCGUGCCUAGCGAGCGCAGCGGAUCACGCGACGCAAUCAAACCUACCUCGUUUAAGCCUGUACCGGGUGUACUUCGCGAUGCGAUGAAUGCAAAAGAAGGCAGGGAAAGGGCGAGAUGGAGUGAAUGAUAAAAAACGAUUCCCAGGUCAGAUCCCUAUCGCACUAUCGUUCAGUACAUAAUCGCAAAAAUCAUAUUGAUUGCAUGGCAUCGCAAAUCGUUGCCCGCGCCCGCCACAGGACGCCAGCAUCCAUUCCCAAUAGAAAAAGAAAUGGUGUUGACAUCGCAGAUGAAAACCUAGUUUUUACAAAAUGCAUUCAAAACACACCAACACAUACACACACAGCACUGUGAAAGACUAACUUUAGAGACUGUAGCUAUGCAUUAUACCUUAUAUUCGUAUAUAGUGCGAAGACCUUAGACUAAUGCCAGUUGAUUGUAGCGCACUGAGCCCGCGAUGGUAUGGAACAAUUCGUCCUAUCUACAGCAAUUAUACUCUAGGCUCACGGGCCGCCAGGCGGAACCCACGAGAUUCGUGUUAGCAUUAGUGUUGUGUACCAGAGUAAGAGGGCUUGGUGUGCCUUUGGUUCGCAUUAUUGUACUCGCGGCCAUAUAUUCAUUAUUUAUUGUGUAAACUGCUCCAGAUGUACAAAUUUACCAGUUAUUUAAAUAAUAUACAUACUCCUGUACUA